GCCGAGCGCCACGCCGAGGAGGCCCAGUGCGAGGCCGAGGACGCGCCCGCUGGUGCAGCCGACGCGACAGAGAUCAUGAGCCCAGGAGAGGUGGUCGUGGAGGGCGUCGUCGUAGAGCAGCCGGCAGAGCAGGAAGCGGUGCGAGCAACAACUGCCGGCGAGGUCUUCUGCAUCUCCGAGCAGACCGUGUCGGUGACGCCGGGCAAACUCGGGCUCACCUUCGAGUGUGAGCGGCCACUCGUCGUCACCCGGGUCGCCACGGGGUCACCGUUAUUCGGCAGGGUCCAUGCGGGCGCUAAGCUCGUGGCGGUGGACGGCGUGGGCGCCACGCCCUAUAACAUUCAUGACGUCAAGGGGGGCAUCUUCACGAAGGGCCAGAAGGGCCUGUUGGACGCGACGAAGGCCAAGACGCUCAUCUUCCAGAGAAACGACCUGAGCGGCGUCAAGUACGUGGGCAGGGAGGGCAUCGAGGGUCGCCUGAUGUCCACGGACGCGGUCGUGGACGUCCUCGCCAUGGACCGCGGGCUCUUCGACGCCGCCAACGCGGCCAAGGCGCGCACGCACUGGGGCGAGCCCGGGAACCUCGCACUGGUCGACGGAGCUAGUAAUCCGGUGGAGGUUUGCUGCGUCCCGCCGUUGUGUACCUUUGUAUCUGUUAUGGUAUAUACCUAUGUGGCUGUUAUUUAUUGCCUUGCUCCACUCUGGUGUGAGUGUUGGUGCUGCUGCUGCUGCCGCAAGAGCACACCGCACGAAGACAUGGCAUUUCCCGACUGGGCCGAUAGGGCCCUGGUGUUCACGGACAAGGGCGUGGUCGGCCGCCGGGAAUUUACUGGGGAGGUCAACGCCAUCACGUGGGACGGCUUCAGGAUCGAGGACGUUCGGAUCCGGACCUUCGACGCCCCGUGCCUGUGCACGAGCCCGCAUUACGCGCUCUGCUGCGUCGAGGGCCGCGACCCGAGGUUCGACCCGGACCCAUUAGUCCUUUCGUGCUACUUCGGAUUCUUAGUCCCCUGCUGUCGCUGCGCGUUGUGCCGGCCCGAGGCGCCGGGCCUCUAUCGCGCGACCAUCUCGAGCAUCCACAAGACACAAGACGGUCGCCACGAACACACCACGGCUAGGAUCGAGGUCCUCGCGCUCGCCCGCUCGCCGGACGACCUGAGGAGUUCGCUCCGCGCGGCCAAAGAGAAGUACGGCGCCCCGACGGCGGCCGUCCCGACGGCGCCGCCGCCGCCGCCCAAGACGCAUACCUGCCGCAACUGUGGAGCAACAUUCCGGGGCAGGAACGCCCUGUUCCGGCACCUGCGCGACGAGCGGUGCGGACAGGUGCCGCGCGCCAGCGCGCCGCCGCCGCCGCCGCCGCCUCCACCGCCGUGA